AUGGAGAAUUUUCCCAACGAAAUCAUAGAAAACAUACUUUUACGAUUGCCAGGCGAGGUAGCUUUACAGGCCAGACGUGUAUGCACAACUUGGAAAGCUCUACUCCGCAACUAUAAAUCGCGUAAGCCUGGUUUCCUUGUCGCUGUCUCUCUUGGUGAUAAAGGUAGGUUUAGACAAGAAUUUUACUAUGAAGAUGAGCAUGAUCAUUACCAGCAUGCAAAAAUAAAUUAUUACUUCACUGACAAGACACUAUCGAAAAUAGAACAUCACAGAUCUAAUGCGAAAAUCGACUGGCAGAUAAAGGAUAUCAUCAUAGGGUCUUGCAAUGGAUUGGCUUGUUUUAGCAAAGCUAAGAAAGAUGUUGUAGGCAGAGUUCCUUUUCUAAUCUGCAACCCUUUGACUGGAGAACCAGUCUUACUUCCAUACUGUGAUUACCUUGAAUUGUAUCGGGAUAUAUUAACCCCAUGGUUUCCCAUUAGACGUAGUUUAACAAGUGGAUUUGGCUAUUGCCCCUUAACUGAUGAUUACAAGGUUGUUCAUUUAUAUACUGUUGGAGGCGGCCAUGAGUGGAGAUUCAUUGGAUUUAUCGGCCAUCACGUAGACGCUUAUUCUGCAUGUGUCUAUGCAAAUGGAGCACUUUACUGGUUGCCCCCCGAUAAAUAUGAUAUUGUGGCCUUUGAUUUGGAAGGUGAGAAGUUUCAUUCGGUCCCAUUGCCAUUUUAUGAAGAUUUUGUAUACGCAAAUCCUUCCCUCCUUGAUCGACCUAAAUUGCUUGGAGGGAAUAAUAAUUUGUAUCUGUCUUUUGCGAGCUUCACAACUUCUGACGCUUACCGCACGGACAUAUGGGUAUACAAGAGAGAUGAUAUUAAUACUGGAGGCACGAAAGAGUGUAAUUUGAAACUGAACGACCACAACGAAAGUUCGUCAUUCUGGGUUGAGGAGUUUAGUAUACCACAUCAGAGGAAUGAUAAUUCACAUUAUUAUUAUUAUGAGCCAUUUGCAAUCACAAAGCACAAUGAAGUACUAUUAUGGUCCUGCCGCAGCAUACCUUCUCGGACCAGACUCUACUGUUAUGACCCUAGAAUUGCAACCUUGAAGAUACUCUGGGAUGAUAAUGCAAAGUGUGGGGAAUACAUUGCGGCAAGUCCUCACACCCACAGCCUUGUUUCUUUGAAAUAUUUGGGAGAGACUGAUGUUAUUUAUUUGAAGAUUUAG